AUGUUGCAGCAGCUGCUCCAAGAACAACAGCUCCAGGGGAAGGCUCUAAACCAGGUUACUACCGAGAUCAAUACCAGAAUGAACCAUCUGUUCAGAGAUUUGAGCACCAAGUACGACAAUGUCGCGAGCCAUAUGAGACAGAUGGACAUUCAGAUUGCUCAGACUCCUGAGAGCGUCAAGAGGCAGCAAGGUACUCUACCUGGUAAAACCGACAAAAACCCUAAGGAGUGCAAUGCGGUUGAGUUGAGAAGUGGAAAGAAACUGUCUGAGCCGGUAAAGAAGAGGUUCACUGCGGCUGAGAAGGGUAAGCAGAAAGAGUCGGAACAACCACCAGCCGAUACCCUGGCAUCUGAGAAGGAGACAAAACCAACAGUUGAAACCAAUUUGCCAGGACCAGAACAACCAGCUGAAGCUGUUCGCCCGAUCCCAGAGGCUGUUCCUCCUCGCGAAUACACUCCUAAAGUCCCUUACCCUGUUCCAGCAAAGGCUACUCGUAAGGACCGAGAGGAGAUGAAGUGCAGAAAGAUGCUGGAGGACCUAACCAUCCGACUCCCCUUGAUAGAUGCGAUCCAGAUGAUGCCCUCCAUGCACAGCUUUAUGAAGGGAUUGAUCUCAGGAAAAAUAUCAGAGGAGAGCGAAUUCAUGACUGUAUCCAAGGAGUGCAGUGCAGUACUUCAGAACAGGCAGAUAAAGAAGCGAGGAGACCCUGGCAAGUUCGUCCUCUCUAUCCAGAUUGGGAAGACAGUUUUCGCAUGCUCUUUGGUUGAUCUUGGAUCCAGCGUAAACCUCAUGCCCUACUCUGUAGCACGACGUCUAGGAUACAUGCAUUUCAAACCAACUAAGAUGUCCUUGGUGUUCGCGGGUAGAUCAGUCAAGUCCCCGGUUCGUAUUCUAGAGGAUCUCCAAGUAAUAGUCGGGAACUUCCCUUGUCCCAGCAGACUUCGUAGUUCUAGAACUGGAAGAGGAAUCUAA